AUAAAAAAAAUAGAUUUUAAAGAAUCGAUUUGUAUUUAGGAGUAUUUUUGAAAUUUUCUAAAAAGGAUGGAAUAAUGUAAUAGUAAAUAUUGAUGACCAAAACAAUAUAUAAUAUUAAAAACAUAUAUUGCAAACAAAAAUCCUUAUUUUUUAGAUUAUAUAUAUAUUUUUUAAAUUUUUCUUUAAAAUACUUGGCCCGUCAUCAAAACCGGUACCGGUACCGGCCAUUGGCUUAGAGAAGUGUGAGCAUGGCUAAGAGAAGUUAGCAUGGUGUGAGCAUGGCUCAGAGAAGUCAGCACGGUUAGAACUUUGAAGCUUAUUGGAGAAAUAGAUGCAUUAUGUGAGGAAGAUUUUUUUGUUAGUUCGGUAGAUGAUCCGGGAAGGGGUGUGCUUGUGGUGGCCAUCCAUGCAUUCGGUCCAUUCCUAAUGCGAUGAAUAUUUGAAUCUCUCUCAAAGGUGAACAUGGUAUAGAGCAUAGAUAGCAUACUAUACUCUUGUGUGGGCACAAGGUACUUCCUCCUUCAUGUAGAAAGCCUACUUGGGUGCAUUUUUGAUCUCGAGAUUUUGAGUUCUAUUUGAGAAUCAUUACGUGAAUCUUUUCAAAAAAAACAUUGAAUUUUGAAUAUCUAAAAAGUACUUUAAAUUAAUGAAAUAUUUAAAAAGUCCCUAAAAUUAGUUAAAUUCCUAAAAAGUACUUCAAUUUAUUCAAAUUUAUACCUAGUCCAAAUUUAUUGUCCAAAUCAAAUUAAAUUGUUUUGUUUUGUUUACUUUUUGGACAUUUUUUCUCAAGGAAUGUGUGGCGUGUUUUUUUAUUUUUUUUCCUUUUUAUCCAUGGAAAAUUAUCUCACUUACUCUCUUUCUUGUUUCUCCAAACAUUGAAAAUGGCAUGUCCAGUUCCCCAAGCUCUCUCAUGAUACUGUCACGGCUCUCACUCUCUCUCUCUCUCCAGCCCAUGCCCAUGAAUAACUGACACUCAUACAAAACAAACCCCACCUUAGUAAACGUCGCCAAGGAGAGGACUCCUCUCAUCGUUUAUCUCACAAUGUCUCGAGCCCUCCUCUCUCUCUCUCGCAUCACCAAACCAUCUUUCCCAUAAUCUCUGCCAAAAAACUCUCCUUUUUUUUUAAAAGUUUCAAACCUUUUAGACGGUGUUCUAACUCUGCAAUUUCAUGCAUGUAAUCCCAAAUUGAAACACAAAUCCUAUUCAACUCACCAUGUGAGCAUGGAUUUUCCCAUUCUUUGAAUCCUGUCGCAUAAGAAUAUGACUUCCUGGUUGCUGUGUACCUCAAGAAUAGGAAAACGAAGGCGCUAAUGUAUCCUACCAGCUUCCGGUUUUCUUUGAAUCUCUUCCUAGUCAUUCACUGGCAUCACUAUUAAUCAAGCUCUCUUUCUCUCUUUAGGCUUGCAAUCUGAUUCAUGUGUGAUUGAUUAGAAGUGAAUCAUGGAUUCUCGCGGCCCCUCCAGUCCCGCGAGUCAGGACUCGGAAACGGUGCAGUUUGUCCACUUUGUCCCGGAGACGGGGCGUCUGCUUCCCUCUGCUAGUCGAUGGAACUCAAUCGACAUUGAUUUCGGGCUCGGUCAAGCAAACUCUCUCCCCUUUCAUGUUAUCCCCUCUCUCUACUCCAAGUCUGUCUCCUUCAACCUUUUUAUUGCCGACAAGCAAACCUUCAAGAGGUUCCUGUAUGUUCUGGUUGCGUUAGUCAUCCUCACGCUGUCGAUUGCCCUUGUGCUUGUCUUCGUGCCUCAUCGACAUUCACGCCCUUCCCUUUCUCCAAACAUCACGCUCGCGUUGCAUCAGGCUCUCCUGUUUUUCGAUGCACAGAAAUCUGGUAUUCUACCGACAAAUAAUCCAGUGAAAUUUCGUGGAGAUUCCGGAAAAUUCGACGGGAAUUUCAUCGAUAUAAGCGUCGAUUUGGUCGGUGGGUUCUAUGAUUCAGGCAACAACAUAAAAUUCACAUUUCCAACAGCUUAUACAGUUACAUUAUUGAGUUGGAGUGUGAUAGAAUACCACAAGAAGUAUGAGAUUGUGGAUGAAUUAGAGAGUGUUAAGGAGGUGAUCAGAUGGGGAUGUGAUUUUUUGUUGAAGACCAUUGUCCUUCCUAAUAUAACCAAUGGUGCUGGAAUCCUCUAUUCUCAGGUGGGUUCGGGCCCUCGUAAUAACAGCAAUGGUGAGAAUGAUCUCAUCUGUUGGCAAAGACCAGAAGAUAUGGAUUAUCCGAGACCCGUUUCUAUUUGUCGAAAUUCGGGUGUGGAUUUGUCUAGUGAGAUUGCGGCUGCCUUAGCUGCUGCUUCCAUGGUUUUCAAACAAGAUGAGAAAUAUUCUAUACAAUUACUCGAGAAUGCUGUUAAAUUAUUCAACUUUACGAAGCAAAUUAAGAACAUGGAAACAUAUACAGCUGAUGAAUCUUGCGGUGGUGAUGCAAGAGCUUAUUAUAAUUCAACUGGUUAUCUCGACGAGUUAGUUUGGGGAGGAACAUGGCUCUUUUUUGCAACUGGGAAUACUACAUAUCUUGAAUAUGUUACUGAUAAUUUUGAGCUAGCCAUUGCCGAAGAAAAUAGCAGAAAUAAAGGUGUCUUUUAUUGGGAUAAUAAGAUUGUUGCGACUUCGAUGUUGCUAACCAGGUUGAGAUAUUUCAAUGAUCCUGGGUACCCUUCUGAGUCGAUCUUACAAAAAUGUGAGAGCAUGACAAAGAUGAUAAUGUGUUCUUAUCUUCCUGAGCUACAAAGCUUUGAUAGGACUCCUGGGGGUUUGAUUUUGUUGAGGCCGGAUACCCUUGGUCCUCUUCAGUUUGCAGCAACUGCAGCUUUUCUAAGUAAAUUGUACAAAGAUUAUUUGGUGGUUCAAAGGACCUCAAAUUGGGCCUGUGGGGAUGAUGUCUUUCCCAUGGACGUCUUAGAAGACUUCUCCUUAUCCCAGGUUGAAUACAUACUAGGGAAAAACCCAAUGAAAAUGAGUUACUUAGUGGGGUUUGGAGAUCACUUCCCAAAUGAAGUUCACCACAGAGGAGCAUCCAUCCCUUGGGACAACAAGCAUUACUCAUGUGAACAAGGGAAGACUUGGUUGAGCUCAAAAAAUCCAAACCCUAAUGUUUUGGAUGGGGCAAUGGUGGCUGGACCCAACAAAGGGGAUGAAUUCAUAGACAAUAGAGCUUCACCUGAGUACACUGAGCCUACCAUUUCUAGCAAUGCUGGUUUGGUGGCUGCACUUGUUGCACUACUUGAACCAGCAAGUUCCAAGUUGGCUUCUGAUGACAUCGGUGGUGGUAUUGAUGAUAGGGGGAUAUUUGAAAACAUUCAUCUCAUCCCACCAUCUAACACAACUCUUGAAGACCCUUAGGCCUGCAUGGUGGUUUCUCACAAUGUGUUUUUUCAUGAACAAGAUUUAAUUUGUCAUUUGAUCUUAUUUUGCUUUAUCUUGCAGAGUGUGGCAAUCUAAGUCCUAAGGGAUGUCUCAUGUGGGAAUAUGAGCUUGAAAAACUCAAGAACACUUGGCCUCAGGCCUAAUGCAUUAAAUGCUAUGAA